CCGCACUGAAGAGUUCAUGUGUUCGCGAAGUGCUCGUGGUGAGGCAGUUGCCAUUUUGAAACCCAAAUCGUUCACAGUACACCCGCCCUGAAACCUGGAACUAUGCCGCGGGGCCGGCCUCGCAAACUGAGGGAUAAAACCAACGACGGAACAGAGGGUAUAUCUGGAGCCAAGCAGGACUACAGGCAUGGAGAUUCCAAGGACAACAAGUGCACCGUCUGCUCCCAGAGCUUCACUACUGAGAGCCAGCUACAGAGGCACCAGCGCGACCAUGAGGCCAACGACAAGCCUCACCGGUGCGACCAGUGUGCCCAGACGUUUAACGUGGAGUUCAACCUCACGCUCCACAAGUCCACACACGCCACCUCCAACCCCACCUGCCCGGUGUGCCACAAGAAGUUCUCCCGCGUGGCCAGUCUCAAGUCCCAUAUCAUGCUGCAUGAGAAGGAGGAGAAUCUGAUCUGUACAGAGUGUGGCGACGAGUUCAUUCUCCACAGUCAGCUCAUGCUGCAUCUGGAGGAGCACCGCAAAGAGCUGUCUGGGGCCAAGGUGUACACCUGCAAGACCUGCAGCAAGGAGUUCAAGAUGGCGGGCCAGCUCAAGGAGCACACCAAGACCCACAUCAAGAUGAGGCCACUCAGCUCGAAUUCCAGAAACUACAAGAAGAAUAUUGAUCGCAGUGGAUUUACCAACAGCUGUCAGCAUUGUGGGAAGACGUUUAAAAAGCCCAGCCAGCUCGUUCGACACACACGAAUACACACAGGCGAACGGCCGUACAAGUGCAGCCACUGUAGCAAGGCCUUCAACCAGAAAGUGGUGCUGCAGACCCAUAUGGUGAGGCACACGGGAGAGAAGCCCCACCUCUGCACCUUUUGCCCCGCUUCCUUCUCGCAGAAGGGCAACCUGCACUCACACGUCCAGAGAGUGCACUCUGAGCUUACGGGAGUGCCACUGUUCCCAUGCAUGGACUGUAGCUGUGUGUUCAAAAAGCUGGGCAGUCUCAACGCCCACAUCAGCAAGAUGCACAUCUUACUCAUUGAGGAAUCGGCCAACACACAGGAGGUGGAGGAGUCGGGUCAGGGCGUUGCGGGGUCAGAGGGCAGCGAGGUGGUGACUGACGUGAUCCAGCAGCUCCUAGAGCUGUCAGAGCAGGUGACAGGGGAGGGGAACCAGUCACAGCCCCAAGAACAGACCAUCACCAUGGAUACGGCCAUCAACCAGGACAUCCUACAGCAAGCCCUGGAGAACAGUGGGUUGAGCGUGGUUCAGUCCCAGACCAAUGGAGCGGCCAGACAGACUCAGAGCCAUGCCGCUGAGGGGGCUCUACCUGACAGUAAGAAGUUACCAGGCCAGGACAAAACCGCCAAGAAGGAGAAGAAAAGUAUCUUCAAAAAACCUGUACAGAUGCCAGGCUCCAUCAGGGAGGAGAACGGCGUGCGGUGGCACAGCUGCCCUUACUGCAGCAAGGAGUUCAAGAAGCCCAGCGACCUGGUGCGCCACGUCCGCAUCCACACACACGAGAAGCCCUUCAAGUGCAAGCAGUGCUUCCGCGCCUUUGCCGUCAAGAGCACCCUCACUGCCCACAUGAAGACACACACAGGCGUCAAGGCCUUCGAGUGCCAGUGCUGCAUGAAGUGCUUCUCCACGUCGGGCAGCAGGAAGGUCCACAUGCGCCUACAUACAGGUGUGCGUCCGUUCCCGUGCCCUCACUGUGACAAGAUCUUCCGUACGUCGGGCCACAGAAAAACGCACAUCGCCUCCCACUUCAAGAGCCUGCAGCAGAAGAAGCACAAGUUCCCACGCAAAAUCCACAGAACCAAGGUGUCCAAGAGCAACCUACCUCUGCCUGAUAUCCCCCUGCAAGAGCCCAUACUCAUCACGGACCUCGGUCUCAUCCAGUCCCAGAACCCUCGCCUGGUCUUUCAGACAUACCUGGAGAUGGUGGACAAUGAUCGGCCAUACAAGUGUCCUUGCUGUAACAAGGCCUAUAAGAAAUCCAGCCACCUCAAGCAGCACGUUAGGUCUCACACGGGAGAGAGGCCGUACAAGUGUGUCCAGUGCAGUAAGGGCUUUGCCUCCUCGGGGGUGCUGAAGGCCCACAUCCGGACCCACUCGGGCCUCAAGGCCUACAAGUGCCUGAUUUGUGACACCACGUUCACCACCAGCGGCAGCCUGCGCCGCCAUAUGACCACUCACAGCGACAUGCGGCCCUACAUGUGCCCUUACUGCCAGAAGACCUUCAAGUCCUCACCCAACUGCAGGAAGCACAUGAAGACCCACAGGUAUGAGUUGGCCCAGCAGCUCCACCAACAGCAGAACCCGGAGCCCUCGCCGCUGGACGACCCCAUGGAUGGCACCACCGUGACCCACGACCUGCAGGUGGAGCUGGAGGACGGCACCCUACAGCAGGAGGCUCCUCCCACGGUGGGCUCGGAGCAGCAGGGCAUGCUGGAACUGGGCCAGACGCAGGUGGUGGACGGCGGCCAACAGGUGUCACUGGAGACCCAGCUGAGUGACCAGCCCCUGGGACAGGAAGAGGACACCUUUGUGACUACCCAGCAUGCUCUGCCUCAGAAUAUUAGCCAGUUUGAGACACAGACACUCCCGCAGCCUGGCUUUGACCAGCAAACACUUACUCAAGGUUUCACCAUCACCGCGGACGGCUAUGCCCAGGCCCAGUUCUCCACGGUGCAGCAGCUACAGGACUCCAGCACCCUGGAGUCUCAGGCCCUCUCCUCCAGCUACCACCCCCAGAACCUGCUCCAUGUGCCCAGCCAAGAGGUGACGAGUGGCCUGCUCCAGGAGACUAGCCAAGGAGACCUCCAGCUGUCCGACCAGACGCAAGACUACCAAGACCCAGAAGACAGCGAGGACAACAGCAAGAGGGCUUACAGGUGCACCAUGUGUAAUAAACCUUUUAAGAAGUCCAGCCAUCUGAAGCAACACGUGCGCUCCCACACCGGGGAGAAACCCUACUGCUGCAACAUUUGUGGCCGAUGCUUUGUCUCAGCAGGGGUCCUCAAGUCCCACCUCAACACACACACAGGAGUGAAGGCCUAUAAGUGUAACAUGUGUGACACUUCCUUCACCACCAACGGCAGUCUGAACCGCCACAUGGUCGUCCACCUGAAGCCCUACAAGUGUCACAUGUGUGAGGACAGCUUCCGCAACAGCAUGCUGUAUAGGAAGCACUUGAAGAAGGACCACGCCGAAGUGGACAGAGGGCUGGAGGAUGAGGACGGCGAGGAGGAAGAGGAGGGUGAGCAGACCGUGAUGAAGAGGAACCGGUCCAACAUCAUAACCUUCACGGAGGAGCAGGCGGAGGAGCUGGCCAAGAAUGACCCUGGUGACGAGGCGUCGGUGUCGGAGAAGGUGCUGGCCCAGUCGGCGGCGGAGCGCGACCGCAUCAGCGAGAUCAAGGACAAGGCGGUGGAGCUGGAGACGGAGCCCAAGUUCGCCAACUGCUGUAACUUCUGCCCCAAGAGCUUCAAAAAGCCCAGCGACCUCGUCAGACAUAUACGGAUCCACACAGGAGAGCGUCCUUACAAGUGUGACAAGUGUGGGAAGAACUUCACCGUGAAGUCCACCCUGGACUGCCACAUAAAGACCCACACAGGUCAGAAGCUGUUCAGCUGUCACAUGUGCAACACGUCCUUUUCCACCAAAGGGAGUCUGAAAGUCCACAUGCGCCUCCACACGGGCUCCAAGCCCUUCAAAUGCCCCUUCUGCGAGCUCCGCUUCCGCACCUCAGGCCACCGCAAGACCCACAUCCAGUGUCACUACCGGCCCAGCUCAGAGGGUCGGAAGGCCAAGCGAGCGGCAUCGUCCAGAAGUAACCAGAAGCAGCAGCAGCACCCGGGUAACCCAGAGAACCUGCACCCUGUGGGUCUGCUCCAGGCUACCACCACAGACCAUAACAUCUACCUCCCAGCCAACCAGGUCCUCGCAGGACAGUUUGAUCAGAACCUGCUGCAGCAAGGCCUGGUGGGCCAGGCAAUUCUGCCUACCUCCAUGUCAGCGGGUGGUGACCUGACAGUGUCUCUGUCGGAGGGUCUGGCUACUCUGGAGGGCAUCCACCUCCAGCUCACCUCUGCCAACCUAGUGUGUCCCAACGUCCAGAUCUCUGGCAUCGACACCAGCAACAUCAACAACAUCACACUGCAGAUUGACCCAGCCAUCCUCCAGCAGGGAGGUCUCCUCUCCCACGCCCUGACAGGAGACGGAGGCCUGACCAGCCACCCUGGUUCCCACCUCAUGGCCACGGGAGACCCCUCGGCGCCCGGCUCCAAUGUGGUCCUGCACCCGCUCACCAGCCUGUCCCUGCAGCCCUCCGCCAUCUGCCCUGGCCACGUCACCAUGGGCAGCUUUGGCGAGCACGACAACACAGGCUCUCAUCAGGACCUGAGUCAUGUGAUGAGUGGUCCAGGCCUGGUGUCCAGUGGGGCUCAGGAGAUCACUCUGACCAUCAACAACUCCAGCCUCACCCAGGCUCUAGCUCAGGCCCAGGCCAACGCUGCUGCUGGGGGCAACACUGCUGCAGGCAACCACCCCCAGGAGAUCACACUCACCAUAUCAGGUCAAGACCUCCUCCAGCAGCACGGCGCCCCUGGUGGCGGAGAGAUGAUUGGCGGGAUCAGGCUGGCAUCCCACCAAACCACAGGUGCCACCCUCACCAUGUGCAAUGACCACCUCCUACCUCAGAGCAACGCGGGCCUGACUGUCACAAGCCUGCCGCCUAGCACCUCCCUGUCACAGACGGCUGGCUCCCAGAGUCUGGUGAUGUCGUCAUCGAGCAUGGCCAGCGACGGCAGCGUGACUCUCACACUGGAGGACACACAGGGUAUGCUGGACGCUCAACCUCAAUUCACGCUCAACUUCAACGCACAGAGUCAGCAGUACCAAACUAUGCUCAGUGACCAGGAUCUCUCAGGACAACAGGCCGGCUCCACCCAGCAGGUCAUACUGGUCAGUCACCACCCCCAGGCCACUGAGGAACAGCCCGACAAUAUUUACAGGCUGUCAGAGGAGGGCCAGUUGGUGGAGAAGGAGGACCAGGGGGAGAACCAGAAGCAGAACCAGUGUUUCUACUGCAAUCAGGUGUGUCAGAGCGCCAACACGCUGCGACGCCACUGCAGGCAGGCCCACGGCAAGGACCGGUGCCACGUCUGCAGAGUGUGUGGCAAGGCCUUCAAAAGAGCUACUCACUUAAAGGAGCACGAGCGUGUCCACCAGCGAGGACCCUCACUGGGCUCCCAAAGGCCCAAGUUCUUCAAAUGCUCCUCCUGUGACAAAGCCUUCGCCAAGCCCAGCCAACUAGAGAGACACAACCGCACACACACAGGUGAGCGUCCCUUUAAGUGUUCCCAGUGUGACAAGGCCUUCAACCAGAAGAGUGCCCUGCAGGUACACACGGUCAAACACACAGGGGAGAAGCCCUACAAGUGUGAGAUCUGCAGCAUCAGCUUCACACAGAAGAGCAACAUGAAGCUGCACAUGAAGAGGUCGCACGGCUACGGUCCCGAUCGGACCCAGGAGGUGACUUUGGAGCAGGGGACAGAGACUGGAGUGGAUGUCCCUCCCGAGCUGAAUGACAUGGAAGAGGUUGUCCAGGAGUCUUCUGGAGACUGGCACUGUGGUAUUCCCAACGUGUUCCCUUAGCCCCCAACUCAGAAUUGAAUUGACCUUCCCAGUUUAUCCCAGCAUAGACUCUUCACUGAUGAUACGAAGCACUGAUUUUACCACAAGUAGGUGUGGAAAACCUACCCCUCAGAUCAACCCCCUCCUUUCCUCACCUCUUUUUAAUUGAGUUGGACAUUUCUGCACUUUUUCUAAAGUGAUGUUGCCACGCACAUCCUGAAAAUAAAAAGCGUGUGCGGCCGUACCUCUACACGCAUUAGGUCCUUAGCAGCAGCUAUUUCUGCCCGUUUCUCUUGUCCUCAGAUAUGCAUUAAAGGGACAAUCUGUGAUUGCUACAUCCAUUUUUUGUUUUACUUUUAAAUUCAUGAGAUAUACCCAUUGAUUAUUGAAGAGUAUAACUUACACAUGCCUCAUGAGCUUAGUUCAGCUUGUUCCUCUUUUUUUGUUAAAAAACGAACAAAAAGACAAGCAAUUGUAAACAAACAUUUUAUCGCCCCAACAUGGUUAAAUCUAUCCUUUUCAUAUCAUGGUUGUUCAGUCCUUGCAUCCAUAGCUCUGUCUUGUGGAUUUGGUUACAUUUCUCCAGCUCCAUCCCUCAGCUAUUUACCAAAUCGGUGGCGGAUUGCCCGCUUUUAUUAUUGUUUGAACUGCAGAUUGUCCCUUUAAAGGCAGAGAACUGGUCCCCCCAUUGACUAAAUUGCUGAAGCAACCUGCGCUCUGAUUCUCAUUAGUAUGAGUCCCUUACGAGACGUUUUAGUCAAAAAGCUGUUUAGUAAUCAUACGCUGACCUCCCAGUACAGUUCACCAGUCGGGGCUGUAGCUAGCUGAGGUAGACUACCGGCGGUUUUAUCCCUAGACUGUUGUUUACUCUGUUUGCCAAUAAGAGGAGUGAACGCUAGAGAUCUGCAUGGCUGCACUGUCAGUCCUGCGGUACUGGUUCACAUCACCCUGUAGAGUAGAAUAACCACUCACCUGCCCCAUCCGGAAAC